AUUCUAUUCAGUUUUUAUUUGAUUUAAAAACAACAACAACACAAAAAAAAAGGUAAUUAAUAACACUUGACAUGGAAAUGUUUGUACAUAUCCCUUAUUGUCAAAUGAAAUUUAAAAAAAAAAAUUAAAAUCGUGACUUUUCUCACAUUUGUUUAUGCUUCAGGAAAUAGAAAGUAGCACUAUGCACCCUGGUAAGUUUGACAACAAUUUCUGGAUAAAACUAUUUCAAUACAAAUAUGAAAAACAACAUUAUAAAUCAGUAUUAUCUGAACACAAAUUAAAAUUUUGAUGACUUAAUAAAAUUAAAUCUGCACCUGAAUAAAAAUAUUUUACAAAUGUAUAUCUAUAAACCUGUACUUUAAAUAAUAAGAAGUUCGUAAUCUUUACGAUUUUUAAAUAUCUAUUAAAAAUAAUCUGAAAUGUUCCAUUUUUCUAGAUCACAGAGCUUCCGUGAGUCAAAGACGGGAGAACAUGAGACUAAAAAUAGUCCUAAGUAAUUUUCUUUUAGUAUUAGCUGAUGCACAGCUAGAAUCAUUCCCACCCAAGUGGACUACACAUUUUUUCAGUCCCUUUCAACGAAACAGAACUGCAGUUGACCGAAAAUCCCACCCUCCAUAAAAAAAUAAGUGCCACCCUGGGUCUUCGCCCCCUUACGCGCACCCUUCCUAUGCCACUGUGGUGCACCUGUACUGUAUCAGGGGAUUGUGGGGGGGAGUCAUUGAACAGAUUUGUGGAAGUUAUUUAGCAUUAUUAUUAAAGACAUGCCACAUGUAUACUUUCAUGGAGAAGAAGGUAGAAAUAAAUUCAUUACUUACAAAAAUACAUUCAAGCAUCUCUCAAGAUACAAAUAAAUUAUCAAAUGUGCAUCACAUCUUAUUUUGUAAACUUAUUUAUUAGAAAAUUUAAACGUAGUAUAGCGCUACUAAGAAUAAGAAAAAAUUGAAUUUAAGCUUGUUACGGACAUUAGAUAUUUUAAAAAUUUGGAAAAGAUGUUUAAAAAAACAAAGUUUUCAUUUCUGCAUUGUUUGAAAAUAGCGAAACAACGACAGGAGGUGACAACACUGACGCAGAAAGUGUCACAGUUAGAAGAUAAUAACGGUAAGUUUUUUAAUUUUUUAAAAAAAAUCCCUUAGAGUGUUCAGAUUUACAAUUUAAUUAAUUGAAGGUAAUAAUGGGUGACACCAUCAAGUUAUUUAAAGAUAUUUGUCAAUUAAUAAUAUGUCAUUAUGUUUAAAGAUUUUAAUUUCUGUAUUAUUUGUAAAUAGCGGGAUUUUUUCAUUCAAUGUAAUUAAAGACGCAGAUGGGGUCCGAGGUGACAUAAACAGCUGGUUAAAAACAUAAAUAUUGAUAUUUCCUUUAAUUUGAACUCUGAGUCUUACAUUUACUUAACAGAAAACUUGAACAGACAACAAGGAGAAAUGCUUAAAAUGUUUGAGGCUCAGCUUAAAGAAUUAAACCAAGGUACGAACUUUAUGAUAACGUAAAAUGGGUUUUCCAAAUAGUUUUUGACAAUUUAAUUAGAAGUCUCCAUUGCAAUUUCAAUUUUUUAAUCACAUCCUAAGUAUUGGAACAACAGAGACUUUAACUGUGAGAGAUGUUGUUAUAAACUUAGAUUAACAAAGAGAAAAGAACCUUUUUAUAAGAGAAAUUAAGAUAUGUAUAUCAGGCAUGAGGCAAUUAUUCGAAACUAAAUUGGUAGUUAAAAUUAAUGACAACAUAUUUUUUAACGUUAAAUAUAUUUAUAAGAAAUAGUAGAUAAAACUUUGAUAAUUUACAAACAAGUAUAUAUAUAUAUAGAUUAUUAUGUUUCUUAAAUCAUUAUUUUACGAGAACUUUUUAUUUUGUAUAUAAUAUAGGACUACCCAACACAUUUUCUCACCCAUGUAACACAAAGAAAAUAUUAUUUGACAUAACCGGAUUGAAUUCAGUUUAUGUAUCGAGAUGGGCUCUAUAAUGCCUCCCACAAACCUUUAAAAAUGUCCUUCCUUUAUCAAGACAGAAAUGUUUUUUUUUUUUUUUUACUUUCCUGUCUUUCUAUUUCAAACUUCCACAAACCUUGUUAUACUAUUUCAUUUCACAAAGAAAAUAUUAUUUGACAUAACCGGAUUGAAUUCAGUUUAUGUAUCGAGAUGGGCUCUAUAAUGCCUCCCACAAACCUUUAAAAAUGUCCUCCCUUUAUCAAGACAGAAAUGUUUUUUUUUUUUUUACUUUCCUGUCUUUCUAUUUCAAACUUCCACAAACCUUGUUAUACUAUUUCAUUCACAUAGACUUAACACUGUAAUUCAUUUAUUACCCACUUAAAAUAAACUGUAUAAAAAUUAUAUUUUAACAAAGAGCUGUUAAAAAACAAAAAUAAACACUUCGAUAAAAAAAAUAAAUAAACACAGUUUAAAAAAAUAAACACAUUGUACAAAAAAAUACAAAAAAUAAACACUUUUUAAAAACACAUAUUUAUUAUCCAAUCGGUAAAAAAAUUAUAUAAUAUUCACAUUUUAGUUAAAGGCCCUUUCCAUUGGCUCAACUAUUAACAAUUUCGCAAUAUUAUUAUGUCAACAUUUAGAGCUACAAAUACUAAAACAAGAUUCAGCCAAUCAGAAAGAAGAGAUGACAAGACUUAAACAGGAAAAAGGUGACAUAUAUAUUUAUUAAAGAGUAAAAUAGCGUUACAAGUUAGCGUGCCCGCUGGUGUAUCUUGACUAAAUGCCGACUCGUGCCAUAGUCCAAAGAUGCAAAAAAUCAUUAUAAACAUUACUGCUGUGGCGUUAAUAAAUAUGAUCAUUUUCAAGUAAAAUAUUAUAUUAUAUACCAUUUUUAAUUCCUUUGCAUAUAAUGGCAAAAUUAGACUAAGCUUCAUUUUCAAACCCUAAACUUGCACCAUCUAAACAAUAAUACUAGAUAUUUGAAUAAAGGUGAGUGAAAAAAGGCUGGGGAAAAUGCAUGGGCUCCUCGCGAACAAGGGUUUGCUUAGAAUUACUUAUUUAGUAGUGUACUUAUUUUUUAAGUACUUGCAAGUAUGAUGUUCACCAAAACAUGUUUUUAUAUAUAUUGAUAAUUAUUUUGCCAUUAAAAUAAUUCUGCAAUCUUUUGAAUCAGUUUUAAUUUGUGAUAUAGCUUGAAAUAUUGCUAUCACAUUAAACAGAUGGUAUAUUUACAAAAAUAUGUUCUUUAUUCCAAAAUAAAUGCAACUAAAGUUUAUUUUGAAAAAUUCCCACCCCGUGUAGUUACUCAUGCACCCCUACACAAGAUUUGCCACUGAGUGGGACUAAAUAUAGAUUAAGCCGCAUCCAAAAUAUUUUGAAAUAUAAAUGUGCCAAACAAAAACUAAACAUUUUUCUAAUAAUAAUUUCCUUUUUUAUUACAGAAAUAAUUGAGGAAAAUUGUAAAGAACAAAAUAUUAAUCAUCAGGAGUUAAAGAAUGAAGUUAAUCAAGGAAAGAUUUCUCAUGAUGAGUUAAGGAGAGAAUUUAUAACAGAGAAGGAUUCUCACAAUGAGUUAAAGAGAGAAUUUGCAGAGGAAAAGAACUCUCAUGAUGAGUUAAG